AUGACACUUCAGACUGUCACUUGGAUGAGCGCCUUCCUCUGCCUCGCACAAGUUUGCUCCAUGCCCAUGCCUUGCCAGCUACAAGGACAGCUGGUGCGAAUAACCCACAACCUACUGAGAGACAUGGGGGGUAAUUUUCCUCUGGAGUGCCUGCAGGAGAAUGUCUUCGUGGCAUUCCCAGCCACCGCAUUUGCAACCUCCGGUGCGCCUCAGUUGAGUAGCAGUGGUGCUAAGGCUAUUUAUGAGACAUUGAAGAACAUCGACACAUUGUUUGGAGCUGACGACCUGCCUACUAAAUGGGAUCAACAGAAGUUGGAGAAUUUUCAGAAUAUUGUAUACCGCCAGAUUGAAGAGAGCAAAUGUAUGACGGGCAGUGUGGAUACCAGUGAUUAUCUCAUCAGGACAGAAGGACUGAAGACGUACUUUGGGAACAUUGCAGCAGUCCUAAAAGAAAAGAAUUUCAGUUACUGCGCCUGGGAAGUGGUUCGAAAAGAGCUCCUGUACAGCCUACAGUUCAUUCUGGAACACAACUCUGAUAGCCUUCUAUAUGGGAUCAGAACACAAACCACAUUCUCACUGGAGGAAAUUUUCAAUUUACUGGCAACAGAUCAUCUAACUACAUUAAGAAUGACACUUCAGACUGUCACUUGGAUGAGCGCCUUCCUCUGCCUCGCACAAGUUUGCUCCAUGCCCAUGCCUUGCCAGCUACAAGGACAGCUGGUGCGAAUAACCCACAACCUACUGAGAGACAUGGGGGGUAAUUUUCCUCUGGAGUGCCUGCAGGAGAAUGUCUUCGUGGCAUUCCCAGCCGCCGCAUUUGCAACCUCCGGUGCGCCACAGUUGAGAAGCAGUGGUGCUAUGGCUAUUUAUGAGACAUUGAAGAACAUCGACACAUUGUUUGGAGCUGACGACCUGCCUACUAAGUGGGACCAACAGAAGUUGGAGAAUUUCCAGAAUAUUGUAUACCGCCAGAUUGAAGAGAGCAAAUGUAUGAUGGGCAGUGUGGAUACCAGUGAUUAUCUCAUCAGGACAGAAGGACUGAAGACGUACUUUGGGAACAUUGCAGCAGUCCUAAAAGAAAAGAAUUUCAGUUACUGCGCCUGGGAAGUGGUUCGAAAAGAGCUCAUGUACAGCCUACAGUUCAUUCUGGAACACAACUCUGAUUGCCUUCUGUGGGCCAACAGAACAUGA